CAGUGCAACAGAAGUGAUAUCACGCCCCUGUCAUUGCUUAGAGACCGCAUGUUUGAGCCUAUGGUUGCCACUGUGAGGGAGACAUGUUUAUUACCUUGGCAACCACUUGUACAACAAUACAGUCCCAUCCCCUAUGUAUACCUGACAAUGUUAUUGUUGAAUCCCAAAAGUUAAUGCAAUCUGUUCUCUAAACUAUGAUUUGAAGUGUCUGUUUAGGGUUGUGUGGCUAUAGAAGUUUCCUUGGAGAGAAUGGUUAAACUUUUCAAGAACUCUGUCUUUUUCUAGUGACAUCUCGGAUCUCAGGACAAUUCUUCUGGAAUGCAGGACUCUGGGAAUGUUCCCGAGAUGGAUUGAAGAAUGACAAGAGGCCUGGAUUGCACAUCACAAGUGUCAGAAGGAUCUGACCAGCAUCCAGUCCUACCACGAUAGGUGCUGCUCGGUGGAAAAGCACGAGCUAUGGAUAACCUGUACACGUGCCUCAAGAGAGAGAUAGCCUCCUUCCAGGACCAUGUCCAGCAAUGCAAACACUCCUUCAACAUGGACGCUCUUCACCCAGUCUUGAGUGCCCUAACAACAAAGCAGCAGGAUGAAAUCCACACCUUGGAGCAGCUGCGGGUUCUCCUCUCCAGGGUUCAAGAGGAGCCUGCGGUGGCAGUCAGUGGCUACAGCGACUCGGAAAUAAAGCGUUGCAUCACCUGGCUUCUCUCUUUCGUGGAAUAUCUCGGCGCCAUGAAAGAGACCUUUGACGAGAAAGUGGCAGUCCCUCUCUGCGAGAACCUGUACGUAACUGAGGAAGACGAGAGCACUGUCGCUUCUUCUGAUCAGACUGUCCCUUUCACCUCUGACCCUCAAAGCCCGCCCCAUACAUCUGUGACUAAGGUGGCCAAUGAGCUCCUUGUUCUCCGACGCAGAUGGGCUUUGAUGCUCGCCCCUGGUCCAAUCAAGGCAGAGAACUUGAGUCUACUGACCAAUACUGAUGGGGUUGAGCGGUUCACUGAGCGGUUCGCCAACGUCCAAUCGCUUGUACCAGAUAUCCUCUAUAAGAGCUCUAGGGCUGCUCAACUUGCCUAUCAGUGGGUGAACCUGCACCAGUGUGGGCACAGGGGUAGAAGUGUAGGGGCCAGUGAGUUGGAGGUUACCAAGACAGCCCCAAUGAGGUCUACUGGCCGGGAAGCGAGUGAUGAAUAUAUCCUGGUUGAGGUAGAAAGGAGAGGGGAGGGAAUGGCCGGAGAGGCCCAAGCCAGACUGAUGGAGUCUAGGAUGGAGCUCAUGGCUUUGACCGGGAAAGAGCAUAGGGUGCUAUCUCUGGAGGUGAGGUUAGAGAAGGCCACCUACAGGAUCCAGGACCUCCAGGCCAAGCUCCGACAGGAGAGGUUGAUGGUAGAAAGUGGGGCCCAGCAGGAGGCCAGCGAUGUGGGGGAAAGGAAGACAGAGGAGCUGGUCCUCAACCCAGGGCUAGAGCUGGAGAGGAGGCUGAGGAUGGAAAGUUACCAUCAGAAGAUACUUCUGGGAGACCUGCUGAUGGAGCUUAAGAUUCGCCCAGUUCUCAUACGCUACACUGAUAUGGUGAGGGAUCGAUGCAAACAGCAGGAGGAGACACUACAGGCCAUAGAGGGCAGUAUGGGUACCAGGUUCCCUUCAAAGCCUGAGAGCCUCAACCUCUCCAAACAGUGAAUCCAUCUUCUCUAGCCUGUUGUCCCUCACAUAGACGCCCUGCAAGAGACACUCAUCCUGGUGUACAAGUCUAGGCUGCCUCCUGCUCAUACUCCCAGGGUUGAAGGAGUCCUUCAUCCCUGGGCCUCCAGAUGGACAUUCAACCCAACAAAUGGAUUGUUGUCUUGAGGAUGCAUCCUAAUGAAUCCUGGACAAUGCUCCAGCCUCACAUUAGGCACCUCAGAAGUGAUACCACUCAUAUUUGAUUUAGUUUCUUAGUUUGUCUUUCUUUUCAUUCCAUCUAAUUUAGUCAACGAUGAACACACACACACACACACACACACACACACACACACACACACACACACACACACACACACACACACACACACACACACACACACACACACACACACACACACACACACACACACACACACACACACACACACACACACACACACACACACACACAGUAUGUAUGACUGCAAAUUGUUUUUAUUACCAGUACCAACCAAAUUAAGACGGAGACAUUAUUUAUUAAUAGUUAACUACAGUAGUGACUGCCCUUAACACAGUCUAUAACUACAGUAGUGACUGUCCUUAACCCAGUCUAUAACUACAGUAGUAACUGUCCUUAACCCAGUCUAUAACUACAGUAGUGACUGUCCUUAACCCAGUCUAUAACUACAGUAGUGACUGUCCUUAACCCAGUCUAUAACUACAGUAGUGACUGUCCUUAACCCAGUCUAUAACUACAGUAGUGACUGUCCUUAACACAGUCUAUAACUACAGUGGUGACUGCCCUUAACACAGUCUAUAACUACAGUAGUGACUGCCCUUAACACAGUCUAUAACUACAGUAGUGGCUGUCCUUGACACAGUCUGUAACUACAGUGGUGACUGUCCUAAACGCAGUCUGUAACUACAGGGGUGACUGUCCCUAACACAGUCUAUAACUACAGUAGUGACUGUGGUUAACCCAGUCUAUAACUACAGUGGUGACUGUCCUUAACCCAGUCUGUAACUACAGUGGUGACUGUCCUUAACCCAGUCUGUAACUACAGUGGUGACUGUCCUUAACUCUCUGUACACAAGCCAAUACAAGAAAACAAUGAAUGUCCCAAGAGAGCACAACCCACUUUUGUGUCCUCAUCAUUAAGAAAAAUAAUAAUAUAAUUCAUCACCAUGACACAGCUGGUGUUGCUUGAUGACACAUGGUACAGUACACUUUUACAUAGCACUGAUGAUGAUUCAUCCACACAGAUGGCAUUUGGGUGACCAGAGAGACUGCUAGUUCCAUUCUCCUUACUCAGCGACAUUAUUUAUAUCCCUGCACAAUAAGCUGCCUGUGUAUUUUGGCAUCAGACGCAGGGUCGCCAUGGGUCAGCUCGUAGUUCAAAGGCCUCGUAAAGGCCGGCAGCGUAGCCUAGUGGUUAGAGCGUUGGACUAGUAACCGUAAGGUUGCGAGUUCAAACCCCUGAGCUGACAAGGUACAAAUCUGUCGUUCUGCCCCUGAACAGGCCAUCUUUGAAAAUAAGAAUGUGUUCUUAACUGACUUGCCUGGUUAAAUGAAGGUAAAAUAAAAAUAAAAAGGCCACAUCAAGCAAAUUGGUUGUGUUGUUUGGGUAAGAGUUAAUUAUAGGGCUGAGAAAUGUGUACACUGUGAGAAGGUUCACACAUUCCACAUAUUAUCAUUCAUCUGACCUUAUGGGUCAGGGGACUGACAUUCCAUACAGCAUGUGAAUCAGCAACAAAUGAAUACUUGGUAAACUGUCUGGACUGGUGAGCUAAUUGAGGGGUGGAAACAGUGCUGUAUCUUCAGCUCACCACUGUACUCAAACUUCAGGGAGAAAGACAUUGGUUGGUUAUUGGCAGUCGUUUAUUACAUAAAAAGCUAAAUCUCCACCCAUCUGUCAUUGAACUUGCCUGUGCACAUUGGGGCUUGUCAUGCUUAGUUUUUAUUUAACUAGGCAAGUCAGUUAAGAACACAUUCUUAUUUACAAUGACGGCCUACACCGGCCAAAACCCGGACAACGCUGGGUCAAUUGUACGCCGCCCUAUGGGACUC